AUGUCUCGCCCCACUUCAUCGACAUCGCAUAGACCGUCUGGCUCAGGAUCAAGUAUGAUGGGUGGUGAAUCAAUGGGACGCGUUCACACUUUCUCACCUACUCCUUCGGCAUCAUCCUCUCAUCAUCCAGUAUAUUACCAUCAUGAUCAUAUCGGCCCCGAUGGAUAUCUUCAAUCUUAUAACCCAUACGGAGGAGAAAUACAUGGACAAAUGAUCAUGCCUUAUGCGGGGCAUCAAGCUGCUCAAGGAAGGAUAGCCAUUCCCAUGCAUGGACAUUCAGGAAAUGUCAUGGCUAUCAAUCAAGCUGGAAGAGGAUCAGGAAAGACACCGAUGAGAUCGACACCUCCUCCUACAGGCUUUGAGGAUCUUGGUCCAUCACCUUUCUUACCUGAAGAAGACGGAACACCAUACCUUCCCGCUCAUUUCGAUGCCUACGGUCAAAUGUCUGUAUCGCCAAGUAUGAAUCACAUGCAACUUCCUCCGAAUCAUCUGGUAUCCCCUACAGACCAAAUGAAUAUGGCAAGAAUGGCUCCUCAAUUACACAGACAUAAUACAAUGCCUCUGAUGGUCCAGUCGCAACUACAGCACCAGCACCAACAUCAACAUCAACAAUACCAACAAAUACCCAUGGGCCGUCAACGGCAAAAUGCUCAACAAGGAAGACCAAACAUAGUACAGCGUCAAUCAAUGCCUGGUCCUAUUCAAAGACCAACCGCUAUAUCUCGACACGCAUCCGUUCAUGGUCCUUCUCGUUCCCAAAGUCCUCAUAUCGGAGGUGACAUUUUCGACCCUGUACCUCAAGAACCUCACAGUUCUCACUUAAAUCGUCAGCAUAUGCACCAAGUCCCACAUCCGGUGGAGAACAUAGAUAUGUCAUGGGAUUUGUCAGCAUUUGAUCCUGCAUUCAACUCAACUGGACAAGGUAUUUCUCCAGCCAGAGCACUCGGUCCAGCACCAUCCCGACCUCAACGAUUUUCUCCCCAUCGCGAUAUACACAUGAUCACGCCGCAAAUGAACAAGCUCGGAUACUCCAAUCACGUUCACUCGUCAGCAACAUCUGUCGCUUCUAGUGCUACUGCAUCUUCCAGCAUAUCCAGUAUGAGUGAUGUCAGCGUCCGAUCAGCACAUCAACAUUCGAUCCAGCAAGCCGACGAUGAAAGCAGUGAUGACGAACACUAUUCACCAACGCGAGGUCCAUCAAAUUCAAGGGCGAUGAUGAAGAUGCACUUGGAGGAAAAGAAACCGCAUGUCGCUCGGCCCAUACGACAACCACCAAAAUCUACAGCAACCGGAGGGAGAACUUCUGCCAAAUUUGCAAAAGUUGCCGAGGAUCCUGGUGUCGAAGGGGUUCCUCCAGGACCACGACCAACGGAAAGACCUGGACCUUCUUUCGCUUGCAUCAUCGGACAAGCUAUACUUCGAUGUAAAGCUGGAGGGCUUUCUCUUGAACACAUUUACCGAUACGUUGAAACUGCAUAUCCCUAUUUCAAGAACGGCGAUGGUGCUUGGCGCAAUUCCGUCCGACAUAACCUCUCCAUCCAUAAGAUGUUCGAGACUAUUCCUCGAACGGAAAUGUUCCCACCCGGUAAAGGUGGUAUCUGGAUCAUACACGAAGACGAAAAAUGCCAUUGGCCCGCCGAAGACAAAUUUAUCAAGAACUUUCCACCUUCUCAUCCUCAUCAUGCUGAUUGUCGCCAAACGUUACAUGAAAAGGCUAAAGAGAACGAGGCAAUAGAGAAGGCCGCUAGAGAAGGUAGGGUGUAUGUACCUAAGAAGGGCAAAAAGGGAAGGAAACUCGCUAGUACAGAUAAAGAUGACGAAGACGAAGAAGGAGCCAUGGAAAUGGUUCGAACAUCUUCAUCUGUGACUGAUAUCCCCAUGUUGCGGACGGAAUCUCAACCUGACGCCGGAUCCUCCACACCGCAGGCUGAAGACGACUCGACUACACCGAAGCUCAAACCUAUGACAAUCGCACCGCCACCACUCAAGGGACUAGACUCUUCAGAUUCUGCUGAUCUGGAAGAUGAUGAGGGGGAAUUCUUGCCCAUUGAUUUCGAACCUGCUCCGGUUGAUGUGACUCCCGUGGAUCCUGCUAGAAAGCGGGACGAUCUAAUGGCCCGUCAUGGCAUGAUGAUGCCACCUCGAUUCGAGCGCAAAGAGAAGAAGAGACCUGUGCAAUCUGAUGAUGAAAACGUCUUUACCUCUACAAAGCGAGUGAGGGUUGCCGAACCUUUGGCACCUAUACAUAACUUACCGCAGGACAAUUCCAUCAAAGAACUGGACGACUCUUUCAUCACCCCGGAGAGAGAGCGACCGAUAUCAAACAGCAAAAUCAUGUCUAGCGCAUUCAAAACUCCUGCUCUGAUACAGACAUCGUCAUCACCCGGCUCUUCUCCGAUGCCGCAAACUAUCACUCGCUCUACUCAUCACCCAUCAGCUUUACAGCAGACUUGGACACAUGACGAUAUGGCUGAAAACCAUUCCAGAGAAUCAUCACCUGCCCGUCCAAUGUUGGAGUCCGCGUUCGAUUUCAAGCCCAAAGCUCCUCCGCUUCGAGCUCGAACCUUGGCCCAAGAAGAUGACUAUAUGCCUAAAUCAACGGUUGGGCACUCACCCAGAGCACCGCCCAAAACACCUGUCAGCCGAUCUUCAGCUGUGACCGACAAAACACCUAGACUACAACAUCUGCGUACACCAAGUCUGGGUAAAACACCGAUGUUUUUCGGUGGUUCGCCUGCGUUGCCACCACCUUCGGCGAAUGCUCUAUUAUCAACACCGAUGUGGGAAGUCGGAGGUGUUUUAGAUAGACUGAAAGAUCAUUUGACGGGCUCACCUACCCAUUCUUCAAAACGAUCGCCUAUGCCAUCGACGGAUCCCACGAGAUAUGCAAUGUUGCUAGAUAGUGGUGGCUCGCCAAGGAAGAGGAGGGAUGUCAGUCUUUAA